ACACCAGAAUUGGAGUUGUGACGCCAUUGUUUAGGCAAACCCGAGACAGACUUGUUGUGAUCUCGUUUACGAAAAUUGUUUGAUACUUCUUAGUUCGUGGCUUCAUGGAAAAGCAGGAACCUAACUAUGCCUUACGACCAAGAAGAUCAACCACCAAAGGCAAAUAUCGUGAAAUGCUUGGUAUUAGUCAAUAUCACGAAAGUGAUCCUGCUAUCCGCGUGGAAACAGUUAGCAACGAAUUAUCGAGUGAUGAUGGGAACAAGGGAUGCAAAAUCUUCCUUUUACCGCUAGUGGUUUCAGGCGAAAGUGAUAUUCUUGCCGACAAUACUAUUGAAAUUGAAAUAUCAGAAGAUGUUUGUGUUUCUGAACUACCUGAGGCAGUUUAUGUGAAUGAAGAUGAGCAGAGAGCAACACAGUUGGCAAGAACACAUGAGAAUCCAUUGAGGCAUAUUGAGGAAAUCCUAAAGAAAAAUGACCAACUUAUUGAAAGCAUACCAGAACCACCCAGUUUUAAAAAACAUGGGAAACAUGUAAAAGAAGAAAAAUAUCCUGAAGCCGAUGAACGUUUCCUGAGUACUUCUUCCCAAAUUGUAAAGAAGGCAAUUGAUGAUGCUAUGGAAUCAGAUGAAUAUGGCAAAGAUGAAGAUUAUGAAAUUAGCAUUGAUCCUUCCCUUUACCAAAACCCAAUACCCCAAAACACCAAGAGCCAGCUAACAAAAAAGAAUACUAAAAAACUAAGUUCAGAGAGAGGGGAUUCUGGUGAGGAUGGGGAUGAAGGGAAAGAAACAACAUGUGAACCAUUUGUUUGUGACAUAUGUGGCAAAACCUUGAAGCAUCAAAAAUCACUCUACUCUCACCGGCGGACGCAUACUGAUGCCAAAGCUGUUUGCCACAUCUGUGGAGCUACCCUCAAAAGCUCCCGCUACCUUCAUCACCAUUUACUACUCCAUAAAGAUGUCGAGAAACCGCAUAAAUGUGAUAAGUGUGGCAAAAGCUUUUUCUCAAGCAGUGCCCUCAAAGUUCACCACUAUUACAAUCAUGAAGAACAUCCUGGUCGCUUCCAAUGCACCAUUUGCGGCAAAAAUUUUAAAGCUAAACAAGGAUUGCAGUUUCAUAUGGAUUCUCAUUCAAAUGAAUUGCGGUAUGAGUGCUCAUAUUGUCACAAGCGCUUCAGAGGAUUCAAAACCUGUCGUGUCCACGAAUUGCGUCACCGUGAAGCCAAUGAACCAAACAAAUUUAACUGCUCUAUAUGCGGGAAGCUAUUCAAAACCAGACAAACGCUCAAGAACCACGAAGACGUCCAUGCUUCCUUCAAUAGGUACCAGUGUUCUCUGUGCGAGAAACGGUUUAAGUUACGUAAAUCGUGCUUGGCUCAUAUACGAGUUCAUCAUACAGACCACGAGCGCUUAGAAACGCAACAUGCAACUGUCCCCGAUGAGGGAGAAGUGGCCAUCGAGUCUUUGCUAGCUGACGGAGAAGAGUAUGUAGUAACGUUAGAAGAAGCUCCCGAGCCGGAAGGGGUUCUUCUGGAAGAGGGUCAAGAAGAAACUAUGGAAAUCAUUGUUCCUGAAGCUGACGUAGAAUGCGAGGUUGAAAAUGUUUCAUGAAAACUGUUUAAAAGGAAGCUUGGAAUGAACGUUAAACUUCGUUCUAGAUAAUAAAUUAAUAAAAACACUAA